AUGAAAACUUUACUAGGGCUCCUAAAGAAGGACAAGGUUGAGCCCGAUCUUCUCAUUCAAAUAAAGGAGCCAGCAAUAUCAUCAACUCAAACUGAUCGAUUUUUGGCGAUUUACGAAGGAAAAGUUUUAAUUUAUUCCUUGUUUCAUAAAGUUGUUAAGACAUUUUACAUAAAUACGCUCAACCAAGCAGAUUUCAACAAGAAAGGUAUAUUUCUUACAUUCGACACAACCAAUUUUUCAUUUCAGACAGAAAGUGAAGAAGAUUUUAAAUCAAAGUUCAGAAAAAUAGCAUCCACAAUGUUAACUAAUCUCGAGCUACAUCAUCCAUCAAUGGAACCCUUCAAAAAAUUCCAAUCAAACCCAAAUUUGUCAUCAAUACAAUAUAGGAUCAGAAACAGAGCAGAAAUGCAGCAAAUAGAAACUGUAGACGAUACAAUCGACAGAAUUACGCGAAUUUACACUUAUCAAGAAACUAAAAUUUCAUUUCGCGAAUUUAAGAAUAUACAAGACGCAUUUCCACUUGUCCUUGAUGUACUUCCUUUGUGCCCAUUUAUUACUUCAUUAAUUGUAUUUUCUGUUGAAAAUUUUGAUCCAUUCGCUUAUUUAGCUGAUUUUGCAGCCAAAAACGCUACCAUUGACACAUACAGAAUAGAAGGAUCGAUAACACCUAAAUUUGACAAAUUUCUCAAUUCUCUUCAGACGAAUUCUCAAAAAAUUUUAGGAUUAACAUUUGACGGCUCCCAUUUUACAUCUCCUGCCAUUAGAAGCCUCACUAAUUGCAUUGCCACCAAGUCAAUACCGUCAAUAUGCUUCAGAAACGCUAUAAAACCCGAUACAGUUAAUAUAUUUUAUAAUUACUUCCUUCCCGGGCCAGUUGGCAACCAAUUAAAGUUCCUUUGUAUAGAUUCGACCCCAUCCGUUAAAGUAUCAACACUUAUUGCCAAGUUAAAUGCUUUAACAGUGUUAUCUAUUACAAAUUGCGGUUUAGACGUCCCAAAAAUCCUUUCUGCACUUACAGGGACACAUAUUCGGACCUUAGAUAUAAGUGGGAAUGCUUGUACAUCGUCUCCUGCCGAAUCUUGCUCUAAACUACCUUCAUCUUUAGUUCAUCUCGUUGCAAACGGGAUAACUUUUGCGAAUAACGCUUUUUUGGGACUUUUUGAAUACAUUUGUAAAUAUUUCCAUGGUCCUUUGAAGCUUUCUUUGGCCAGAAGUGAAACUUCAACGAAUGAGUGGCUUCAUUUCUAUCGGGAGAUUAGUAAUUUCCAGAUAAAAUCGUUAAGAGAGAUUGUUUGGGAUAGUAACCCUGUUCAUAUGAGGUUUUUCGAGUUCCUUUCGCGAAAUCCAAAAAUUCAUACUUUAUCUAUGCAAGGAUGUUUCCACGAAUCUGAUCCACAGCCUAUAAUGCACCUCUGCACGUACAUUGUCAGUGCCUUAGCCCUCAAAAAGUUAAUAAUUUCCUCAAAUGAAAACGCAUUUCUCGGAAAAUACACUGCAUCUGUCAUUAUGGCUGUCCAACAGUCUCUAUCCAUCGAAUACUUAGAUAUCAAUGGGUCAAGAUGUGGAAAUUUUGGAGUUUCGCAGUUAAAAUCAUUAUUAAAAAUGCAAAACCUCAAAACUUUGCAUUGCGAUGGUUGCUGGCCAUCAUCAGCAUCCAGUUACACCGAAUUUAUCGAAGCAGCGACCCAAAUUAUCACAAAAAGAAAUCUUAAAUUUUAUUUUCCGCAAUCAGACCUCAAUGAGCUUCUAAAGAUCCGUAAAUUGAGACAUGCCAAAUUCGAGCAACUCAAAGAUGCCCUCAUGUCCGUAGGAAACGGUUUUUUGUAUCACGGGGAAGUUCCCCUCGAAUUUGCCGAAAUUUCGAAAAAUUUAUCUUCAAUAAAAGAAAGGAAAAACGAUACUUUGAGUACAAUUUCCGAUGAUAGGAAGUCACUGGAUUCAGAAGAGAUGACUGUUAAAACUGUUGAUCCAACAGAAACAAAAAAGAAAAUAAUUAAAAGGAAAAUUAAGAAAUCGAAUCUGUCUUCUGAUGAUAAUUCAGCACAUACAUUUACUACAACUACGAACAUUCCACAGACAAUGGAUGGAACCCGAAAGAAAAAGAUAAAAAAGAUAAUUAAAAAAACAAAAGUUGUGAAAAAGCCAAAAUCAGAAGAAGCUUCUAUAGCUGAAAGUGAACUUGCUAAAAAGAGGAAUACUCUUCCUCCCCCACCAAUCAAAACAUCAGGUUUUUGA